GUGACUUGAGGCUCUUGCCCACCUGACUAGUUCAGCUUGACAGUGCAGUUUGCCUUUGAGUGGAGUAACAUGGAAGCUGCGUCUUUUGUUACUUUUGGACAAUAUCUCCGUCCUAAUUUCUAUUUUCUUCUACUUAUUUUCCUCCAAAAUGGUCCGCCCAUUGUGGAGGGAGUUUGGCCAUUACCGCAGACUUUCACCUCUUCCAUCGAGCGAUACCCUCUGAGCCCAGAGGCUUUCUACUUUGAAUACGGAAGUCAAUCGGCCGCACAGCAGGGCUGCUCUGUUCUGGAUGGUGCAUUCAUGAGAUAUUUUCCUCUUCUCUUUCCAGACUACACUGGAAAUGGUGUUUUGCGACUCUAUGGGGAUAAACCAUUUCAUCUUGUGGUCACUGUUGACCGUGACGAUUGUGAGAGUUACCCACACGAGGACUCAUCUGAGAGAUAUAAUCUGAGUGUCUCUGCAAGACAAGCAUCCCUCAAUGCGGAAACUGUAUGGGGUGCCUUAAGAGGUCUGGAAACUUUCAGUCAGCUGGUGUAUCAAGAUGAUUUUGGUUCAUACUUUGUGAACAAGACUGAUAUUGCCGACUUCCCCCGGUUUCAGUUCAGGGGAAUUCUGUUGGACACUUCACGUCAUUAUUUACCAGUGCAGACGAUUUUACAAACUCUGGAUGCAAUGGCCUACAGUAAGUUCAAUGUGUUUCAUUGGCACAUUGUGGAUGACCCCUCCUUCCCUUACCAGAGCCGGACCUACCCAGACCUUUCCAGUAAGGGGGCUUUCCAUCCAAUGACUCACAUCUACACUCAAUCUGAUGUGAGGAGGGUUAUCUCGCAUGCCAGGCUGUGGGGAAUAAGAGUCCUUCCUGAGUUUGAUUCACCAGGCCACACCAAAUCAUGGGGAAAAGGGCAGUCUGACUUGUUGACACCUUGCUACAAAGGCAGUUCCCUUUCGGGUACUUUUGGACCUGUUAAUCCAAUUUUACCCUCCACCUACCAGUUCAUGGCAACACUCUUUAAGGAAGUGUCAUUGGUGUUUCCUGAUUCCCACAUCCACUUAGGAGGUGACGAGGUGAACUUCUCCUGCUGGAGUUCCAACCCAGAUGUCCGAGCAUUCAUGAAAAAGAUGGGAUUUGGAGUAGACUUCACCAAACUAGAGGCAUUCUACAUGGAGAACAUUGUGAACAUCACUUCAGCUCUCAACAAAACCGCUAUCGUCUGGCAGGACGUGUUUGAUUACCAUGAGCGACGUAGCUCUCUAUCAGUGGUGGAGGUAUGGAAAGGUGGUUGCUACCUGUGUGAAGUGCGCAGGGUGGUUAAAGCGGGACUCAGGGUGAUUCUGGCCUCUCCGUGGUACCUGGACCAGCCAGGGCCCACACACAACUGGGCCCGCUUCUAUACUGUGUGGCCCCUCGCCUUCAAGGGUACCGAGGAGCAGAAGAAGCUGGUGAUAGGUGGUGAAGUCUGCAUGUGGGGGGAGUAUGUUGACGCCACCAAUCUCACUCCACGUCUUUGGCCACGGGCAAGUGCUGCGGCAGAGAGACUUUGGAGUGAUGAGAAGCAGACAUCCAGUGUAGACAAGGCGUUCCCUCGUUUCCAGGACUUUCGCUGCAAGCUUGUGAGGCGGGGCAUCAGAGCGGAGCCUCUGUACGUUGGACACUGCAAACAUGAGUACCAAGGCAGGUGAAGAUGCUGGAUGGUUAAAAGGUUUCUCAGGGACGGAAAUCAAUCAAACGAUUAAAAUGAAAGUGAACUCUG